AUGGUGGUGACCAUCUUCUUCUAACCGCGAAAACCAUCUCUCUCUCUUAUCUUUCUUCUCCGCCAAGUUUCUCGUUGCAAUUUCUUUCUUCUUCGUCCAGAUUCCUCAAGCUUUCUUUAGCAUCUCGCGAAUCCUUCUACUAAGCUUAACAAGAUCUCAUGGCGAAAACAGCUUCUACACAUCCCGGGUCUGGUGCCGAAGCUUCAAGAUCCGGUACACCUGGAGAUGCGUCUGGCAACAAUCCUCAAACGGAUCCAACCGGCGUCUCAGCUACUGAUACUGCUUCUCAGAAACGCGGCCGUGGUCGACCACCAAAGGCUAAAUCUGACUCUACACAAAACGGUGCCGUUUCUGCUAAGGCGAGUAAAAAACCAAGUGGUCGUCCAAAAAGAAACUUAGCUCCAGCUGUUCCUACUACUUCUGUGGCGGCUGCUGUGAAGAGCCGUGGUAGGGCAAAGAGGUCGACUGUAACGGCGUCUGUGGUUACUACUGCUACUAGAGAGGGUUCAAGAAAACGAGGGAGGCCAAAGAAAGAUGACGUGGCGGCUGCAACUGUGGUGGCUCCAGCUAAACGGGGACGGAAACCUAAUGUCGAAGCAGUUGCUGCACAGCCUGUGCGCAGGACUAGGAAGAGCACUUCAGUGGCAGCACCGGUAGCUGCAAACCUCGGAGAUCUCAAGAAAAAAACCGCACUCUUACAAAAGAAAGUGAAGGAAGCUGCAGCUAAGUUGAAACAAGCAGUAACAGCAAUUGACGAGAUAGAGAAGAUGAAUAUGGAAAUGGAUACAGUAACAAGGAAGCCUCGUAUCUUACUAGCUGCAAGUGGUAGUGUGGCUUCAAUUAAGUUCAGUAACCUCUGCCAUUGUUUCUCAGAAUGGGCUGAAGUCAAAGCCGUCGCUUCGAAAUCAUCCCUGAAUUUCGUCGAUAAACCUUCUCUUCCUCAAAAUGUGACUCUCUAUACUGAUGAAGAUGAAUGGUCUAGCUGGAACAAGAUUGGUGAUCCCGUGCUUCACAUCGAGCUCAGACGCUGGGCUGAUGUUAUGAUCAUUGCUCCUUUAUCUGCUAACACAUUAGGCAAGAUUGCUGGUGGGCUAUGUGAUAAUCUAUUGACAUGUAUAGUAAGAGCGUGGGAUUAUAGCAAACCGUUGUUUGUUGCACCGGCGAUGAACACUUUGAUGUGGAACAAUCCUUUCACAGAACGGCACCUUGUGUUGCUUGAUGAACUUGGAAUCACUCUCAUUCCUCCCAUCAAGAAGAAACUGGCCUGUGGAGAUUACGGUAACGGCGCAAUGGCUGAGCCUUCUCUGAUUUAUUCCACUGUUAGACUGUUCUGGGAGUCACAGGCUCGUAAACAAAGUGAUGGAACCAGUUGACUUUUACUUAGCCAUUGAGUGCUCUGUUUGCUCCAGUCAUUAUUAAUUAGCCCAUAUGAUAAAUGUAUCUUUUGUUCUUGAAUACACUAAGAACAAGCCGAGCUUGAGGAAUUCUCUGAACAAUCGAUUACCCUUGAAUCUUAUGCAGAUAUUUGAAAAUAUCUAUGGAAAAUCAAAGCAAUGUAGGUUU